UGGGCUUCAUAUAUAUGGUAGAACUAUAUAGAUAGAAAAUACGAAACUACGUAAUACUGAUAAAACUCCUUUCUUUCCAAGAUGUAUAAGGUAUACCUAGUUUCGUCUUUUCUUCUGGGGCUUUUGGUCCUUUCUCAAGCACAAGCAAAUGAUAACAAGAUUGGGUUUUAUGAGCUCAAGAAAGGGAACUUCAGGCUGAAUUUGACAAACUAUGGUGCCACAGUUGUCUCCGUCAUUGUGCCUGAUAAACAUGGAAAUUUAGCUGACAUUGCCCUUGGCUAUGAUACCGUUGAUGAGUACAAGAAUGAUGGAGUUUAUUUUGGAGCCCUUGUUGGACGUGUUGCCAAUAGAAUUGGGAAUGCUCAGUUCACUUUGGAUGGAAAAACCUAUAAAUUGCCUGCUAAUGACAAGGACAACACACUCCACGGUGGCCCCACAGGGUUUGGAGAUGUUGUGUGGACAGUAAAAACCCACAAGGAAGACAGCCACAUUACAUUUACCUACCACAGUUUUGAUAAUGAACAAGGAUUUCCUGGACAACUUGAGGUCUCUGUUACUUACAUGAUCAUUGGAACAAACAAAUUGGGAGUGAGAAUGAUUGCCACCCCAGUAGACAAACCCACCCCAGUGAAUCUUGCCCAGCACACAUACUGGAACCUGAGGGGCCAUGACAGUGGUGACAUUCUCUCACACACAGUCCAGAUUUUUGGCUCAAAAAUCACCCCAGUGGAUGACGAGCUCAUCCCCACUGGUGAGUUCCAAGAAGUGAAGGGAACCCCUUAUGAUUUCCUUGAACCAAAGGAAGUUGGUAGCCAAAUCCAUGACCUUCCUGGCCUAUAUGACGUCAACUAUGUGCUUGACCCAAGCAGCCCCCAACACUUGAGGAAGGUGGCUAUAGUGAAGGACAAUGUCUCUGGCAGGAAACUAGAGUUGUGGUCAAACCAACCUGGUGUUCAAUACUAUACUAGUGGUAUGUUGAAGGAUACUAAGGGAAAAGGUGGAGCCACUUAUCACCAAUAUUCUGGAAUUGCAUUGGAGACUCAAGGCUUCCCUGACUCUGUGAAUCACCCCAAUUUUCCAUCCAUGAUUGUGCGUCCUGGACAGACAUACAAGCAUUACAUGGUCUACAGAUUCACUGCUAGCUAAUUGGAUUCAUCAAUUUUUCAGAUCCACUUUUUGUUUGUAUAGCAUAUAAUACAAUUAGUGGAAUGAUUCAUUAUAUGUAUUUAUAUUUUCCUCUUGUGUCAUACUUUAUGAGGCUGUGAUAUGAAUUUGUGUUGACAAA